GUCAUACCUGGAACCAUUGAUGACCGUAGUUAUAUGGAAGAAGUGAGGAGAUGGCAGAUUUGUCGUUGUUUUUGACCACUGUAAACGUGUCGUUGGGACCAACUAUGGAGGUGGAAAAGAGUCCUGGAGCGUCCACUGACCUGGAAAUGGGAGACACUGGGAGUCAGGGGAGGGUGAAGGUACCCCGCAGGACCAUCUUCUUUGCCAGUGGUGAGACCAUGGAGGAGUAUAGCACUGAUGAAGAGGAGGAAGAGGAGCCUUUACAGAAGGAAGUGAAGACUGUGGAUCCGUCCAAACUGACAUGGGGUCCUUAUUUCUGGUUUCACAUGUGGAGGAUGGCCACUAACACAAUCACAGUGUGUGACUACAUGGGAGAGAGACUGGCCUCUCUAUUUGGCAUCACUACUCCCAAAUACCAGUAUGCUAUCGAUGAGUACUAUCGCAUCAAGAAAGAGGAGGAGGAGGAAGAGGAGGAGAACAGACUGGCUGAGGAGGCAGAGCGUCGGUUUGCAGAGCAGCAGCGAGGUGCACAGAGUGAUCCCUCAGAUCCUUACUCUGCUACUGUGGAGCAGCCAGAAGCGACGUUUGUAAAUGUUAGCUUCGAGGUUGAGCCUGAAUCUACUCUGAACGUUCCAGACAGAGUCCCUUCACCUCUACCCUCAUAAAACGUUAACAUGUGCAACAAGUCAGACUUCUCUGUCAGUGGGGGAAAGCUUCAUUUAUUUAGUUGUAUAGUUUAAUAAUAUUGUUAUUUUUCUACUUUUUGUAAGAGUAGUAAGUUUAAAUUUUAAAAAGGGCUGAGGAGUGGCUGAAUCAGCCACAUCUGUGAACGUACAUGUUUGUGUGUACAUGUAUUCUUAUGUGAAACUGGGAAGUAUCAGUUAACUGUAGACUAAUCAUUACAACUGGACUCGAUUAAUUUUCAAUUGAUCAGCUGAAAAAGUAAGAAAAAUGUCAGCAUCUUUAUAGAAUUUAAAUAUCAAUGGUUACAAAAUCUGGGGCAAAUACAAGAUGUCCACAUCCUUGGGUUUAGCAGCACCAUAUCUGUAAAUGCUGGUCCUCCUACUGAAUUUAUGCAAUACAAACCAUACAAGUUUUACCAAGUGAAGCCUUAAAACAAUAAUCUAUAAAGAUGAGCAGUUGAUGAUUUCCUGUGCAGUUGCGUAUUGUAGUGAGAUUUAUUAACUCGACUUGUGUACAUAACCUCAAAAUUUUUUCUUAGCUGUUGUAGAGUAAGUAAUAAACUCAAUGUAGCACUCCAGUUUAUCAGUGUCUAUACUGGUGAAGAUAGUGGCCCUUACAUUAUAUAAGAAUUGUAUCCUUGCUGUGUAGGUUUAGGGUUCAACCUUUAAGUGUCCUUGUGGGAAUGCUUGCUGCGUGGGCUGAGACUGAGCUGUCAUAAGCUUCUUAAUAAUUAUCCACUGAUAUGAUGAUGUGGAACAGGCGCCAUCGCAGCAAGUGCAGAGUACAAGCCUUCUGAUUUGCCAAAAAUUACAUGCACGUCUUCUCCAAAUAAUCCAUUUCAGAUAACACUAUUCAAAUACGAGAUAAUUGUAUUUGAAAUAUAUGUAUCAACAUAUCAGAUGUUUAAAUGUACAUUUCUCAUUAAGUCACUGUAUUGGUUUAUGAAGGAUAUUAAUCAUAUUUUUCCAGAGUGAA